UAUUUUCUUCUUGCUUCCUCCUUCAUUUGGUCGCCGGUGUUUGUGCAGUGAACAUUGUUCAAAGUGCUUUGCACGUGUCUAUAAGUUCUAGAAGAAACACACAUAAAAUCUAAAAUGGCAGACGUUGCAGUUGAAAAGAAAGACGUCGCUGAGGAGGUGACCUCCACUGAAGCGCCCAAGGAGUCUCCAGUGAAGAAGUCUCCCGCCAAAGCCAAGAAGGACGCCGAGCCCGCCGAGAGCAAUGGCAAAAAGGAGGAGAACGGCAGCGGAGACGCUCCAGAGGAAACUCCAGCAGAAAACGGAGAUGGGGAGGAGAGCAAUGAUGCCGUUGAGAACGGAGAUGCCACAGAAAAGAAGGAAGCCGGUGUAAAGAGGAAAUCUGUUGUGGCCGAGGAGGACUCAGCAGAGAAGACCGCAGAGAAGAAAGCGAAAGUAGCAGAUGAAGCCCCCGCGGAGGAGGCCGCUGCCUAAAAUCGUUCCUGCCCUAACACUUUGGUUUACUGCAAUGCAUCUCUGUUCAGAAGAGUCCAACUCUCGCUCGCAUAGUGUUACUGAAGCAUCAAGUUCAGUGUACGUAAGAUUUCAUCUACUUUCAAGUUAAAUGAUGAAAUGAUGUUUAUGCAACACUACCAUAGACUGACAUAUCUGUAAAUUUACAAAUACUAAGCCAAACUAUAGUUUUUAUAUUGUUACAUACAUAGAUGUAUUCAACGGAGAGUUGAGCUCUUGUGACCGUGAUGAAUUUAGGUUUAUAAUACAUUUUGUAUUUAACAUACCUGUCAAUGUACCUGUAAAGUGUAAAUUUAAUGAAACUGUAAAUGCUCCGUGCAUCGCAGUGAACUGAUGGGUGAGUUGGUAUUAAUGUUGUAUGCUGUUUUUGCAUAUCGGUGUCUACUUCAACAGACUUAAGAUGGAUUUUUGAUAUACGCAUAUUGGUAUUGGAAGAUUCCGCCAGUUGAGUACUGCCAAAAUCGAUUCACCUAGAGUGAAAAACACAAUCCGUUCUGUGAACGACACUAUAACAGCUUCCGAUAUACAAGGAUUUAGAUAAAGUAAGAUUAAUUAAAGAGUUUAGAUAAAUAAUUCAGUUGUAAAUUUAAGUUAGCAGUUAUGUCGCACAUAAUAUGAUUUAUAGGCAUUAUUACUUAACCAUUUAUGAACAUUCCUGACAAGGUUAUGAUUGCAUUGUGGUGGAAUGAGGCACGAGCCUCGCUCGAACCAUGUGCUAGGUCUGAUGACCAUGUCAUCCAUAAUGCAACAGUAAUUUUAAGAUUUGUGAAAAUUAUAAAGUUCAAAGUUGACAUAAGGUGAUAGAAUCAUAUUGACAUACUUCUUGCGUGCUAUAUUCUAUGGGUUUAUUUUUCGUAUUUUUUCUAAUUUAUUUGCUUUUGUAUGUGAUAGAUAAUAACCUCGAAUGUAGGGAAUAUCCUAUGAAUCUGAAUCUUUAUAAGUAUUUCCAGACAUGUUCGAAAUAGGUUGAAAAAUAAUUAUUAAGGUUUGACUUAUUUUUCUAAAUAUUUGUCUUUUUCUAAACAAUCUUUCAUAUUUUGGAAUACACUUAAGUAUUAGAUUUUAGUAGUAUGUACAGUUUUUAACACUACUUCUUGUGAAGUUUAGUGUAAAGGUUCUGGCAAUAAAAUAGUCCAAUAUGA